AUGUGCCUCCAGCAUUUUACUUCCAAUAAAGCUUCGAUUUCCUUGAUAAUAAAUGAAAACUGUGAAAGUUUAAAAAGAUUUGAAAACGCAAACAAGCCAAUAAGGUUACUUAAUUUUCAUAUAAGCACUGCUUCUAAUGAUCUCAACAAUAAAUCCAAGGAAACAGAAAGUGCUUUAAGCUUUAUAGAUACCAUAAGAAAUAAAACAGCUGAGAUUUUGAGUAGACCAAAUAAUCCAGAAUUAGAGAUAGAUUUCAGAACAACUUGUUCAGCAAUUCAGGCCCAUUCUAGUCUUUAUGAUCCACCACUAAUGCAAGCUUACCAAGACUAUCUCAAAGCUUAUCAGCUAAAAACAUCUCUUUAUAAUCUUAAAUGAGAUAGCAAUGGAACUAAAUUAAUUAUUUAUAACACUGAAACUGAAACCCAAGAAGAAAUCAACACCUUGCAGACUCCAGAACGGCUAGACUCUUACACUUGCAUAACUCAACUUCCAAAUGGCAAACUAUUCUGUUUUGGUAACUGUCCAGCUUCUGGGAUUACAGUGCUGAUUGAUGUGGAUGGUGGAGUCGAAGUGCUGCCAUCAGGAACUCCUUGCUCUGGCUCAUCAUGUAUCUAUUUCAACAACAGCGUCUAUUGCUUUGGAGGAAGUAAUGAAGAUGAUAGUGCUUUAAUAUCUAUUAGAUUCGAUUUGGAUCAAAAUCGAUGAAUUAAAUUAACUCCAAUGCCAAAAGCUGAUUAUUGGUGCAAUAGUAUAAUAUUUAAUGGAAAUAUUUUGAUUUCUGGACAUUGAAAUAAAAAUCUUUGAUUAUACUCAAUUGAUAUUGACUCUUUCUCGACAAUUCCUUAUGAGUUUAAAUAUAAUGAAAGAAAGAUCCUGAUAAAUGCAGAGAGACUCUAUUUGAUUGAAUGCCGUGGAUCAAUCUAUGAAAGCGAAAUUGGAAGCUACUCGAAUUGGAGAAGAAUAGCAGAAUCAAAAUUCAAUUUUAAUCAAGUGUUUUGUUCAUAUAAUAAAGGAGGAAUAUACAUCUCAAAUAUUUCUAUAUUAGAUGAAGAAUAUUAUUAUUAUUUUUUUAAUUUAGAUCAAAAAAUUAUUAUUGAUAUUGCUUACUAUGGUAGGCAUGCCGCACUUAGAAGAGUAGGUAAAAAGAUUGAAGUAAUAAAAUCCAAUGUCCAGAAUUUUAAGCUUGAUUCUAAUUAUCUUGAUGAACGAAGUCUAAAAGACAAUGCUCUAAAGACUUUAGGAGAGAAAUUUGCAAAAAUUGAAUUCUAUGACAAGCAAAUCACACUCGAUCCAGACAGUGCUACCUUUUACAAUAAAAAAUGCAAUGCUUUUUAUAAUUGAGAAAGAUAUCUAGAAGCAAUCGAAUGCUUUGACGAAGCAAUCAAACCAAAAGAUGCUAAUUAUUACAAUAAAAAAGGCCACGCUUUUUGUAAUUGAGAAAGAUAUCUAGAAGCAAUCGAAUGCUAUGACGGAGCAAUCAAACUCGAUCCAAAAGAUGCUAGCUUUUAUGAUAAUAAAGGCGACGCUUUUUAUAAUUUAGAAAGAUAUCUAGAAGCAAUCGAAUGCUUUGACGAAGCAAUUAAACUCGAUCCAAAAAAUGCUAUUUAUUACAAGAAUAAAGGCGACGCUUUUUAUAAUUUAAAAAGAUAUCGAGAAGCAAUCGAAUGCUUUGACGAAGCAGUCAAACUCGAUCCAAAAAAUGCUAUUUAUUACAAGAAUAAAGGCGACGCUUUUUAUAAUUUAGAAAGAUAUCGAGAAGCAAUCAAACCUAAGAAUUUAUUCUUCUCUAAAUGCAUAAUGAUCUAA